CCGGUGUGUGCGUGAGAGGCGGAACAAGCAGCCCCACAGAGGGAACAAAGGACGGUUAAGUGAAUUGCUCUUAACCAGCAUGAAAAUAGCCUCCAUUCCGUAGACCGCUCCUCAGCUGCGAUGUCAAAACGACCAUCCUACGCUCCUCCCCCUCCCCCUGCCCCAACAACACAAAUGCCUUCCACCCCAGGGUUUGUGGGCUACAACCCUUACAGCCAUCUGGCCUACAACAACCUCCGACUGGGAGGGAGCUCCGGAGGCUCCAGCAGGAACUCCUCGGGUAUCACCGUCCCAAAGCCUCCCAAACCACCAGACAAGCCACUGAUGCCAUACAUGCGGUACAGCCGGAAGGUAAGCAGGAAGGUAUGGGACCAAGUAAAGGCUUCCAACCCAGACCUGAAGCUGUGGGAGAUUGGAAAGAUUAUUGGGGGCAUGUGGAGGGACCUGAGUGAUGAAGAGAAGCAGGACUACCUUAAUGAGUACGAGGCUGAGAAGAUUGAGUACAAUGAUUCUUUGAAGGCCUACCACAACUCACCUGCCUACUUGGCCUACAUCAACGCCAAGAACCGGGCUGAGGCGGCAAUGGAGGAGGAGAGCAGGCAGAGGCAGUCGCGUAUGGACAAAGGAGAGCCGUACAUGAGCAUUCAGCCUGCUGAAGAUCCUGAUGAUUAUGAUGAUGGUUUCUCAGUGAAGCACACAGCAGCUGCUCGCUUCCAGAGAAACCACCGGCUCAUUAGUGACAUCCUCAGUGAGAUUGUGGUGCCUGACGUCCGCUCUGUGGUCACCACAGCCCGCAUGCAGGUCCUCAAGAGGCAGGUCCAGUCUCUUAUGGUGCACCAGAGGAAACUUGAAGCUGAACUUCUUCAGAUCGAGGACCGCCAUCAAGACAAGAAAAGACGUUUUCUGGAGACCACUGACUCAUUCAAUACUGAGCUGAAGCGGCUGUGCAGUCAGAAGGUUGAAGUGGAUAUGGAGAAACUAGCAGCAGAGAUGGCUGCUGCUGAAGAGGCAGCAAGGCGCCGGGCGGAGGAGCGGGAGCGGGAGGCCGCUGAGCAGGCGGAGAAAGCUGCUCAACAGCAACAGGAGGCUGCUGGAAACAAAGCUGCAGAGAAGAGCAGCACUAAUGCUAGCCCCACCUCAGGGACCAAGGAGGAGGACAAACCUACACCAAUGGAGACAGAUGAGGCCGCACCUGCAGAGCCGCUUUCAGACCCCCAGGUGGCUCCACCACCACCAUCUGAUACUUCAUCUUCUUCCUCUGAUAAAGCAACACCUCCCCCUGAGCUCCCCAGGGAGAGCAGUACUCCCAACAGCAGUGCCCCCAGUGAUGAUGGGGGCAGCAGCAACAGCAUGCCUCCUCCACCCUCAGACAUCCCACCUGCAGCAGCAGCAGCAUCAGGAGCAUUCCCAGACCCACCUGUAGGCCAAGAAGCCAACCUCAGUACAGCUAAUCCUAAUGAGGCCGCAGCACCAGCUCCUCCCUCAGAAGAAGCAACCCCUCCACCACCACCACCACCACUACUACUGACCCCCAGUCAGAGCAGCCAGCAGUUCGAUAUGUAGUAGUGCUGGGUGUAGAUGUCCUCCUGGUGCUGCAGCUCUCCCUCUCUGGAUGGAGCAGCAGUGUUGUAGUGAUGCAGAAGAAGUGGCUCUGUAACAGCUUACAAAUACUGAUUGGUUGAGAGGUGUAAAAGUAAAGUCAAUACAAAAAAAUAGUGCGAGAGUGACGUAGGUUUUCAUCAUCCAGCUUCAUGUAGCUGCACCAAACGCAGGGAAAGUAGGAUUUCCUUUAAAGCUCUGUAUGCUUCCUGUAACUUUCCUCAGCAUGCCUGGUCUGAUAAUCUGACUUAAAUGAAAUGUCACCAAAGAGUACAACACCUGGCCCUCUUUGAGUUUGUGCUCCAGGCACUGUGAGAGCAUUUCCUCUUUUCUAAUCAUGUCACUUGAUGUUAUUUUUUUUAAACUUUAAAGUAAGCAGAUACACACUUAGAAUAGGAUAACACAGGGCUGUGAAACAACUGCUCAGCACAAACCGCACCACUGACUCUGAAAGUCCAUUUACUUUUAUCAUCAGGGUUUGUAUCCACAGCACUGAGGGCAGAAGUGAAUCCAUAUAUUAGUGAGACUGUUUUCUUUUUUUAGACUAGAAAAAGGUUUCCAAAAAAAAAAAAAAAAACCUGAAUCACGACUGACUUCAGAGUGAAACAGCUUUAGAUGAACGAGAAAAAGCAGCCACGUGUCCCUUAUCCUCAUAGUUCAAAUAAGCACGUCAGAUAAGGCUUACUCUAUAGACAGGAUGUGGUUGAAACGCACACAUCUACAUGCAUUAAGCACAUUAACAACCAGUCACAACAUUGAAACCACCUCCCUGCUGUUGUCCACCUCAUUACUGCAGUGUGAGUGCAGCUAUGAUGUUGUGCUGCUGCAGCGAUUAGGUGAAUCGCAACAACCAUGUGAAGGCUAGUAGCCAAGUUUUCUCAGCACAACUGUGAUGAUCAUGAGAGGUUUCAGUGUUGUGGCUGUUAGGCUCCAUGUUUGUGUGUUUAUUCUUUGGACCACUGCUAACAAAUUCAGAGUUUUAUUCUGUAAUUCAUUUUGAGAAACCUGACAUAUGUUAAAGGGCCAGCUCUGACAAAAGGACCUCAAUAUUUUCAGCUCUCACUUAUGGAAAAACCUCAAUUUUCUAGUUUGAUACAUUUCAUUUGCAGAACUACUACUGUUACUUUUUCUUCUUUUGAGAUUUAGUGAACCUUAUUAAAUGAGUGUAAUCCAGGUCAACCUUGGUAAUUUGUACUCUUGAAUCAGAUGCCAUUUUAACACACACUCUUGUAAAGUCAGCAUCAAUUGAUUUUUCCAUAUUCUGCAUGUUUGGCUAUGUACUAACCUUACCCAUGUAUGAAUCUGAGUGCAGGUCUUGUAUAGCUGGAGAUGAGGAAAAUUAAAGUUCAAUACAAAACGCAUGAAGAUCCCAGCAAAUAAAUAAUGAUGGGAUCAUCUCCAGGGUAUUUUUAAAAAAAUCUGAAUAACAUGUCUUGCUUUGAGUGUAAAACAUUAACAUGGAUGUUUGUUCCCCUGUAUUGAUGAAGUCUAAGUAGAAAGAAUUGACACUUGUACUCAGUUAAUGUCAUUUUUGCUCAUUUAACCUGUAAAAGCUUCUCUGUGAGGCGAGGCUUUUGUUGUUUAGACCACAGAUUCCUGCUGGCACUACAUGCAUCUAACUUCACCAGAGAAAUGCACAGGUAACCUCACUUAUGCAUUCAAAGGACUGUUUUCUUACUUGGACUGUUUUUGGUAGUAUGCCUCUGUCUUUAUUCCUUUUUUUUUUUUUUUUUUUUUUUUUUUGCCUUUUUCUUUUCUACUGUCUGAACUUGUCGACCCAAAUAAAGAUGAUUUGUCUUUCUGCUA